GUUUGACAAGUCGACAUAACAUGAUUUAGGUUAGGUCCUUCGAUCCUCCCGGAUUGUCGAUCGAAAUUCUCAGUAAAAAUGGCUUAUUCAGUGAACACGACUCCCCUUUUGCAAGAAACGGAAACCGACAGCGAGGAGGAUUUGAGCAAUAUCCAGAAUGAAGUCGCGUUCAAGGAUAAUAAGCCCCUUUUCAGCUUUGAACCGAAGGACAAGUAUUACAAGACCUAUCUCAUAUUUUAUCUUAUGGGGAUAGUCACAUUGCUACCCUGGAACUUUUUUAUAACUGCUGACGAUUAUUGGAUGUAUAAAUUUAGGGAUACAACUAAUGAGACAAUACACAUGUUGAGGUUGCCAGGGAAGAGAACGCCAAUGCAAGCAAGUUUUACUUCAUAUGUUAGUGUAUGCUCAGCAGUGCCAAGCCUUAUUUUCCUUGUUAUAAACACUCUUGUACAAGAUAAAAUAUCUCUAAAUAAAAGAUUCAUUGGAUCAUUGUUGGGAAUGUUGAUUUUGUUUAUUGUUACACUAGUGUUUGUGGCAGUCGAUACUGAUAAAUGGCAACAUCUCUUUUUCCUGAUUACACUACUGCUUAUAGUUCUCCUCAAUGUGUUUAGCGCAAUUUUGUCUGGGAGUCUCUUCGCCGUGAUAGGAAAGUUCUCCCCCAUAUACAUAACGGCAACGAUCGGAGGACAAGCGUUGGGUGGAAUCUUUGCGGCUCUGGCAGAAAUCGUGUCUCUCAGCAUCGGAGCUUCGUCCGUCCAUUCAGCCUACGUUUACUUCUCCAUCGGCUCAGUCACAGUUUUAUUGGCCAUCGUGUGCUAUGUCAUUCUCUACAGAUCAAAAUUCUUCAAACACCACGUCUACGGCAAUACAAACGUGGCCGAGUACCAGACGCAGUCCGUGAGAACCGAAGUCGCUUCUUAUAAGAUUGUUUUCAAGAAGAUUUGGGUUUAUGGGUUUACAAUUUUAGUUUGUUUUCUGUUUACAUUGGCUGUGUUUCCCGGCGUGGCCGUUCUGAUCGAGUCCGAAGGGAAGGGGCAUGGUCACAAAUGGAAUGAUAUAUUUUUUGUUCCGACGGUGUGUUACUUACUGUUCAGCGUUGGAGACUAUUUUGGUAGACUGAUUGCAGGAAGACUCUUAAGGCCAAGAAACGGUACAAUAUUGCUGAUACUCUGCUUGGCAAGAUUCGUCUUCAUUCCGUUACUUAUGUUGUGCAAUGCGCACCCCAGAAAGCACUGGGCCGUCGUAUUCGACAAGGACUACGAGUACAUACUUAUAACCAUCGCUUGUUCCUUAAGCAAUGGUUACUUGGCCAACAUCACCGCAAUUUACGCACCGAAAGUUGUGGAGCACCAUGAAAAAGAGCUAGCGUCAACGAUGAUAACAGUAUUCAUGGGUGUGGGAUUGGCUUUUGGGUCAUUUUUAAGUUUGUUUUUAGUGAAACUACUGUAAUAUUCAUAGUCCAAUUAUUUUAUUUGUAUAUAACUCAAGUAUUUGUAAUCCUAGUUCUUAAGUAAUAAUAAAAUAAUGUAAGUAAGUUACAUCAA